AUGGAUGAUGUGUUUGUGUUUGUGUGUGUGUUGGAUGGGCACCGACGGCUCUCCGGAUCUCUCUCUGCCGACCGACAGGCAGUUCUUCUGCUGCUGCAGCCAGCAACUACGCCCCAAUGCAAACAGUUCUGGAGGGGGUCCGGCGCCCCUCCGCACGCCUCACAAACAUUUUCAUCUUGUCGCGACAUUUUUGAUUAUUAGCCGUUUUUUGGGCGUUAUGACUGAAGUGGGAAAGUAUAGCGGCGUGAAAAAACAAGCAAAAAAAUUUUAAGAAGAGGCUUUAAAAGGACGGUAACUUUAUUUUCCACCUUUUCUGAAACCUCACUCCUUGUCAAUGUACUUCAAGAAGAUCCUGAAGGUCUCAGCCAGCAAAACUUCUUUUUUUUUCCAAAAAGGAAACCCUCCAAGUACUGGUUUCUGCACGGAAUCCAAACGACUUUCAUUAUCGGAAAAUAAAUUUUUGUAAAAACGCUUUUCUAUCAAUAAAUCAAGAAGUAUAUGAGAAUAUUUUCACAAAAUGUGAAAAAAACUACCUUGUUUGAUCUUGUUGUAACAUUUGAACCAUUGAGAAAAAAAAGUAACGGCUAAGUUUUCAGGUUUUCCAGCUGAAAAAAAUUUCGAAUAUUCACUAAUUUUGAAGAUAUACUGAAAAAGUUGAAGUAAAAGAGGCUAUGCAAAAAAAUUAAAUACUACUAAAGUUAUCCUUUUCCAUGUACACAUUGAGAAUCUUUUGAAUUUCUGCGAAAAAUCUGAUUUUUUUAAUUAAAUAGCAAAACAAUUUCUCUCCGGCCGGGAAUUGAACCCGGGUCUCGCAUGUGACAGACGCGGAUACUCACCACUAUACUACCGAAGACACGGGGUUCUAAAGACGCGGAAUGGAACAUAAUCGGCCGAGUUUCUGCAAUAAAGUACAUAUUUUAACAAAAAUGAGUGGAAUUUUUAGAAAAAGAAGGAAUGAAACGAAAAUGAUGGAAAUAUUGGAAAUAGGGUUGAAAAAAAUCGGAAAAUAGUAGGUUUCCUGUUGAAUCAAUCACUUUCAUCGUUCAAAAAUCGGAUUUUUUUCUAACUAGACUGAAAUUUUUUUCAAAUAAGAGUUUUUUUAAACUUUUUUUCUAAAUAUACUACGUCUAUAAUGGCUCUUUUAUACAUCGAAAAAAAUACAAUUUUUUUCAAUAAAUUUUUUUCGAAUAAAUUUCUUAAAAAAAGUUUGAAAUGACGGAAAUACUUUUUUUGUAGAAAUUCCAGAAAAACUACGUCCAGAAAUUUCCAAAUAUUCAAACUUUUUCAGGCCUUUCAAAACUAUGUAUCUUUUUAUAAUGACUCACAUCCUCUUCAGGUUCAUUCAGAAAAGAGAAAAAAACCGAAAAAAAUUUGAAAAAUUAAAUUUUUAAAGUUCUAGAAGAUCUCUAUUGAAAAUUUGAACAUUCUGAAACCUCAAAAAUUUCAAUUUUUCAGCUCUUAAUGAAGCUAGAACUUUCAAGGUAUUUUUCCAGGACUAUUAUAAAAAUUAGUCCCAUUUUCCAACCCUCUCAACAUCUUCAAGUUUCUCGAAAAGACCAAAAAUCAAUCCGAGAGCGUUUUCGGGACAUUUUUUCAGAUAGGUGAAUCUUCUAUGAAAUAAUUAUAACCAUUCCUAGACCAGAAGACAAAUUUCGAUUUCCCAAUCCUCUCAAAGUUCCUCGAAAAGGCCAAAAUCGAGCGAUGAGCGCAAUAAAGUCACACUUAUCACCGAGGGCAAGGUGCGAUCAAAAAGGAAAAAAGAUCAGUGGAGAAAGGUGUCACUCAACUUGGAGGAGAGGUUCUGGUCAGAAAGUCAGGUUCCGAUUGACACCCUUCAAUAAUUUCCAAGCGAUAAGCACCGUAUAAAAGGCCGGGCCGGAGCCGUGGAAAGGCAUCCGUUCCCCGUCGAUCGGCUCAUCUUCUCAAGAGGAGCUCCAGAAACAGUCAUGAAGUCUGUCGUGCUGUUAGCCCUUCUGGGCGCGGCUCUCGCCCUCCGCGGCGGCAGCCAGCAUCUGCGCUCCAUCGACAACCUCCAGAAGGACGUCCAAGAGAGGUUUUUCUUACAGUAUCCAUUUCUAGAAUGAGCUUCUUGUAUCUAAUGUGACAAUGGUUAGAGAAAAGAGAGUUUAGAGAGUCAGAGAAAUUUCAAGUAGCGAUGAAUGGACUAUAAGGAACUUAAUGAGAAUUUACGGAUUGAAGCUUCAAGACUCGAGAAAAUGUUUUAAGAGCGAUGAGAGAUAAAGAGAGCCCAGACAGCUAGAUUUUUUUGAGCGAAUUUUUUGAUCUUAUUUUUCCCCUUUUCUCAGUGCAACCCUCGCCAAAUGAACUUAAAAAAAUGAAUUAUUUCAGCGCCUUCCGGUCCGGCCGCGAAUACCGCUACCGGUUCGACGGUCAGCUCUCGGCCGGUCUGCCCCUUCCCACGGCUCAGCACGGCAUGACCCGUGUCCAGGCGCUCGUCUCCCUCCAGAUGACCUCGGACAAGACUUUCCUCAUGCAGCUCAACCGUGUCCAGUUCGCCAACUCUCAGGACAAGCGCGAGCCCCGCACCCUUCAGCCCAUCGAGUCCUUCGAGAAGGUUUCUUUUUCAACUUUCUAACGAGUUGAACUAAACUGGAUGCUUUCAGAUCUCCAUGGAGAAGGAGCACCAAGACCUGCUCUCGCUCCCUGUCGAGUUCCAGUACCGCCACGGAAUGAUCUCCGAGAUCCGAUUCUCCGACGAUGAUCAGACCUGGUCUGAGAACAUCAAGCGCGCCGUCGUCAACAUGCUCCAGGUCAACAUCCUCAAGAAGAGCCAGGUCCAUGGCGACUCUGAAGAAUCCGACGAGGCUCGCUCUUUCGUCAGCGUCGAGCGUACGCUCGAGGGCGAAUGCGAGGUCUUCUACACCCAGGAGCAGCGCCGCGAGUCUGAGCAGCAGUGGACCAAGUCCAUCAACUUCGACAAAUGCACCCAGCGUCCCGAAGUCCGCCGUACCUUCGCUCCGAUCUGCGAAGACUGCGACAGCACCUUGAACAAGGACAAGAUGUCUUCCUCCGUCUUCACCUACAACCUCACCGGCACUCCCGACAACUUCCUCAUCCACCAGGUCGAGCUCAAGUCCCAGCAUCUCUUCGCCCCCAUCAGCGAGAAGCAGCAGCUCCUCGGCGCCUUCGUCUCCAACAAGCUCGAGCUUGUCUACGCCGGCAAGAAGGAGACUGAAAUCCCCGCCGUCCGCGGUGAACGCACCCAGCACCUCGUCUACGACAACAAGUGGGAGCUUGCUGAGGAGAAAUUCGCCCAGACUGGUGAGGAGAAACACCUCCGCCAGCUUCCCAAGUGGGAGAACAAGGUCGAGAUGGUCGAGAAGAUGUUCGUGCAGAUGGGCAAGCAGGUCGAAGAAGGCGUCAGCCUAGAGACCGCUCACUUCGUCAGCCGCAUCGUCAAAGUCCUCCGCUUCUGCAACGAAGAGGAAGUCAGCAAGGUCCACCGUCAGCUCACCCAGAGCUCGCAAUUCUCCGAGAAGACCGCCGAACACCUCCGCGGAAUCUUCUACAACUGCUUGGCUCUUGCCGGAACUCGCGUCACCAUCCACCAGCUCGGAGAGAAGAUCCAGGAGCAGAAGUACAUCUCGCCUGUCAAGGCCGCUCAGACCCUCAAGUCGCUCGUCGACAUGCGAUCUCCCUCUGUUGAAAUCGCUGAGGAGAUCCUCCGCAUCUGCGAAUCUGACGCCUCUGCCUCCUCGCCAGUCCUCCGCCAGUCUUGCUGGUUGACCUACGGAUCGGUCGUCAACGGAUUCUGCGUUCCCCAGGAACACAUCCGCUUCGCCGAGCGUGACACCAAGAAGAUGUGCCCUCGUGACUUCAAGCUGAAGGUCGUCCGUCAGCUGAUCGAGAACUUCAAGUCUGCCUCCACCAACUACGAAAAGACCCUGGCUCUCAAGUCCAUCGCCAACGCUGGCCUCGACGUCUCCGUCGUUGAACUCGAGAAGAUCAUCUACGACCAGACCGAGGAGAAGACCAUCCGCGUUCAGGCCAUCGAAGCUCUCCGCCUCUUGAACGUCGUCAUGCCGCGCAAGAUCCAGCAGCUUCUCAUGCCCAUCUACAAAAGCCGUCAGCAGCCCGUUCAGGUCCGCAUGUCGGCCCUCAACCAGAUCCUCCGCAGCAAGCCUGAAAUCGCCGUCCUCUCCCAGGUCGCCGACCAGAUCAAGCAGGAACGCAGCCAGCAGGUCCGCUCCUUCACCAUCUCCAUGCUCCAGUCCUUCGCCGACAACCAGUCGCCGUGCCAGAAGACCUUCUCCGCCCUUGUUGAGCGAAUCUUGGCCGCUGUCCCCGAACAGCAGCUCCGUCUUGCCGACAGCCGCUACGGUAGCUGGUCUGCCUACAGCCAGAAGUACCAGACCGGACUCGACUUCAACUGGGGAGCCAUCUUCACCAACGAGUCUGUCCUGCCCAACGACAUCAUGGCCUCCAUCGAUGGCAUGUUCGCCGGAGAGUGGAACGAGUACAUCGCUCAGAUUGGCCUCACCCAGCAGAACGUCGACAAGAUCAUCCGUCAGGUCAUCGCCAAGGUCCAGGAGACCGGCUUCGAAGAGAUUGUCGUCCGCGGCAAACGCUCGACCUCUUUCCGACCCACCGAAAUCCUCAACAACCUUCUUGAGAAGCUCCGCAUCUCUCGCCGCUCUCACAACGCCGAAGAGCCUCAGGCUAUGCUCUACGUCCGCUUCCGUGGAAUGGACUACGCUUUCGUCCCCUUCGACGCUGAAACCAUCCCUGAAAUGGUCAAGUCCAUGAUUCAGGGUGGCAAGAUCCAAAUCGGAGAGAUUGAGCGCAUCUUCGCUCAAGGAAUCCACUUCUCUACUUCUGGAGCCUUCUUCGGAUACGAAUCUUACCGUCGCAUCCCGACUGCCCUUGGUAUGCCCGUCAGACUCUCCAGCAAGAUGCCCACCGUUUCCACCAUCAACGGCAACGUCAAGUUCGAGAUUGAGCCCAAGAACGGCAAGAAGAUCAACGGCCUCCGUUUCCACCUUCAGGCUCAGCCUAAGGUCGCUUCUACUCACGUCACCAGCCUGAGCAUCAUGUGCCCAGUUGUCGAAGCCGGAACCAAGCUUCUCCACCAGGCCGUCCUUGACACUCCCAUCAACACUCAAGUCCACAUCAACUGGGAGAAGAAGAUCUUCAUCCAGACCACCACCAAGGUUCCCCGUGAGCAGCUCUCCGUUGUUCAGCUCCAGUCUCGCCCUGUUACCUUCGUCCGUGUUUGGUCUCAGGAAUCGCGUCAGUACCCUGAACCCACUGAGAUGACUCUCCGAUUCCCUCAGAAAAGCCAGUACCUCGUCAGCAACAUUCAGCGCGACUACUUCGAGAAGUCUGGCCUCAAGGUCUCCGUCUCUGGAUCCAUCCACCGCCCAGUCUUCCCCACUGAAUCUCACAUCCCUAAGCCGCUCUUGAUCGCCAACAACGACCUCGAAAUCGUCGUUGAGCCGACCGAGAACACUCCCAAGGACAUCAUCACCAUCUUCGAAGCCGAGCUCUUCCGACCUUCUGAGCUUCUUGAGCCUCAGAUGGACAAAAUCUGGGAGAAGAAGGAGUCCAGCCGCUUCAUGGAAGUCGAGGAAGACGAAUACGACCAGGACGAGCGUCUGACCCACGUCUCCAAGUACGUCAAGAACAUGAAGAAGCAGAAGGCCAUCGAGCACAAGAUCAUCUUCGAAAUGAAGACCUCUGGCCACUCCAACGAUCUCUUCUUCAAGUCGUUGAUCACCGCCAACUGCAACCAGCACAUGAGCUUCUGCAAGACUGAAGUUGAGUUCCAGCGUUCCGCUGUUGAAGGCGAGAACCGCCAAUGGCAGUUGGAAGCCACCAUCCAGACCCUCUACCCGCAGAUGCCCAAGACCAUCCAGGAGAUGUCUGAGCAGAAGAACCGUGACUUCGUCGCCCUCUGCGAAAUGAACUGGGGAGCUCACCAGAGCAACAAGAUGACCCUCAAGGUCCAAGGACAGCAGAGCCGUCAGCAGCGUGAGUGGCUCAAGCGUGCCGACCGCAAGCAGAACAUGCUCUCUGAGCAGGAGAAACUCGCCGAAGCCGCCCGCCUCAACACCUACCAGAUCGCCGCCGAGUACGAGUUGACCAAGCCCAGCCAGCGAUUCUUCGAAUACCUCCAAACCAUGGUUGAGACCCGCUACGGAAACAUUUGGCUCAGCGAGUACGAAACCGUCGAGAAGGACCAGGGCCGCAUGCGCGCUCAGCUCACCAUUGAGCCCAGAAGCCGUCAGACCGCCAACCUCACCGUCGAAACUCCUUCCCAGCGCAUGACCAUCCGCGACAUGCGUCUUCCUUACGCUCUGCCUACCGCUCAGAUCCACUACACCUCCGGAUCUCAGCGUCAGCAGCACCCCGUUCAGAAGCUCGCUCAGAAGAUCACCAAGCAGGCCGAAUGCGUCGUCAAGUCCAAGGAAAUCCAGACCUUCGAUGACGUCUUCUACCGCGCUCCCAUCACUCCCUGCUACUCCGUCCUCGCCAAGGACUGCGGCAGCAACCAGCCCGAAUUCGUCGUGCUCAUGAAGCAGGUCAAGAAGGGUGGUGACGCCAAGAACGUCAAGGUCAUCAACAACGGCAACGAGGUCGAGAUGGAGCUGAAGAACGAGCGUCUUCACGUCACCGUCAACGGCAAGAAGGUCGAGUACGACGAGGAGAAGGAACAGGAGAACAACAAGGAGAUCAACGUCGAAUGGUACAACGAGAAGAUGGUCAAGAUCGUCACCGAGCCCGUGACCGUCCAAUUCGACGGCGUCGUCGCCCGAGUCCACCUUUCCGCCCUCUACAAGAACCAGCAGUGCGGCCUCUGCGGUCACUACGAUGACGAGGUAUCUUUUGAUUACCUUCUAGAUUUAACUAAUUGAAAAAUUCAGCACGAGAACGAGUUCCGCGGCGCUGACAACGAGGAAAAGACCGACAUCCAGGAAUUCGCCAAGAGCUUCCUCUACAAGGACGAGGAGUGCGAGAUGGACGACGAGACGAUGAACAAGAAGUCCAACUUCCGCCGCAUCAACGAGGAGACCAGCAGCAGCGAGGAGGACAACCAGGAGAACCAGGAUGAGAACGGUUUGAAACAAUGCCUAAAGGAUCCCUUAAGUGGCCGUUUUUGCAGAGCCCAAGCAGAAGACGAUCAUCGUCGAGCGUCCCCACCACACUUGCUUCUCGCAGGAGCAGCAGCCCGAGUGCGACGAGUCUUCCAAGGCCGUCGAGACCCGCAAGCAGAAGGUUAGGGGUCAUUUUAGUGAAAAAAUCAUCUAUCAAAGUCAAGCUUCAUUCAACCCUCAUGAGUGAACAACUUCAGGGUUAAGCCUGUUAAUAUGAGCAAUAAAAGGCUAACCUGAGCAACUUCCAGGUCAAACUUAUUAGCCGUACGAGCAGUAAAAAAAUAUGACAAGUGAGAUUGGAUUUAGUCGAGCUUUAUCCAACUUAUCAAAUUUCUUUAUAGAACACUUUUUCUGAGGGAUAGAUGGCUAACAUGAGCAAUAACAAGGCUGACCUGAGCAAUCAUGUUUACUAACAGUAUAAGCAGUACAAAAAAUAUAGUUUUUCAAAAAUUCAAGAAAAAUGAAAUUAGUCAAGCCUCAUACCUUUUCUGGGUAAUAGGAGGUCGAACUGAGCAAACGCCUGCUAAAAUGAGCAACAGCGAGGCUGACCUGGGCAUCUUCCAGGUCAAAUUUACUAGCCGUACACUAAAAAAGUAUAGCUGCCCUAAACUUAGAAAAAAAGUAAUAAAACUAAAAAAAGUCAACCCUUAUUAUUUUUCUGAGCAAUAGAAGAUCAAACUGAGCAAACGCCUGCUAAAAUGAGCAACACACAGACUAACCUGAGCAUCUUCCAGGUCGACUUCAUCUGCGUGCCGGCGCACGACGCCGAAUCGCGCCGUCUGAUGCGCGUCGCCCGCCGCGAGCCCCUCAGCGCCCAGCACCUGGAGCAGCUCCAGAACCUGGACAAGUCCGAGAAACGCACCAUCGUCAUGCAGCUGCCCAAGCGCUGCGAGCUCGCCGAGUUCGCCUAUUGA